AUCUGUAUCUAGUGAUGAAUAUUGGUUAUUCCCUAAUAUUUCUAUCGACCACUAUGUGAUUCAAUGAAUUAGAACAUAAGUCAUUGGACAACAUUUCCCAAGAAAGAAUAAUCGUUAUCAACAGGAUUUUUCAUAUUAACACAGUCAUUCAAGAGUGUUAUCUAUAGUAAAGGUUCUGAUCAAUUGAUUAGUUUAACAGAUAACUGGCGAGAAAUUACAUCAUGGGAUAAAGCUCUUCUCUAUUUUACUUUAUUCAAUAAUAAUUAUACAUUUGUUUGGUUAAUUGAAGAUGAUGUUUUUAUUCCAAGUGUACAAGCAUUUCGUUCAUUACAUCAACUUUAUUCGAAUACUAGUGAUUUUAUUGUUUCACAUAAUACCAUUAAUUUAUCAGGUGAUACAUCAACUUGGCAUUGGUCAUUGACAGUUGGAAAACUUGUUCCACCUUGUUCUAGUUCAAUGGUUAACGUAGUAGGAUUAAGUCGACGAAUGUUAAUAGCUAUUGGUGAUUAUGUUCGGUGGUUAGGCGAAGUACUAUUUCAUGAAUUUUUCUUCAAUACAUUAGCGAUGCAUUUAAACAUGACUAUAGUUACACCAACUGAAUUAAGAACUCUUGUUUAUCGAAAAUCUUAUUCUUUACAAAAUAUAUUGAAAAGACCUAAUAAUCUAUGGCAUCCUGUUAAAAACUGUACCACACAAAGAUUAUGGCGUAAAAUGUUCGUAUUCUUAAGUUAA